GACAGGCAGCGCGCAUCGAACCAGUUGCUCAGCAGCCCAGUGAGUGUAGCAUGGUCGGGACCCUCACGACGACGUGCGCCAACAAGACGGCGCCCGCCUGCGUCGUCUACGGUCCUGGCAACGAGACCGAUGUGACGUUCAGCAGCGGCUCCACCAGCCUCUACGUGAGCGUCGAGGUCCACGUCCUGCACGCGCUGCCGGCUGGCACCGCCACCUUGUAUCUCGAGGACAACUCGCUCGCGCUUAUCGAGCCAGCGUUCACUGCGCCUGCGCAGCUCACCGCCAUGAGUCUGCGCUACAACGCACUGGACAGCGCGCUCAACGUCGUCCAGUGGCCAGCGUCGCUCACCAACCUCGAUCUCACGGGCAACAACAUGCGGGUCGUCAACGGGUCGUUUACGCUGCCCGCCAUGCUCCGAUACUUAUCGCUCUCGACCAACAACCUCACGACCAUCGACGGCUGGCGCAUCCCGUCGACGCUGUUGAGCCUCGACCUCUCGUUCCACUACAUUGAGACGUUCAACGUCGAUGCAGCGUCGUUCGCGGCGCUACGCGACAUUCAAGUCUUCUCGACCGUGGCGAUUCGACCCACCUCCUGCGCCGGAACGCUGGAGACAUAUCAAGGCGCCCCAGACGCCCGGACGAAAGAGGUCCUCACCCACAAGAUUUGCGUUGUCGCCAGCACCACGACACCCGCCCCAACGGCCGUGAACAAAGGCACAACGGCACCGGCAACUGCGUCGCCAGCAUCGUCGGCGUCGUCGUCGGCCACGUACAUUGGCAUCGGUGUCGGUGUCGCCGUCGUUCUCGCGGUCCUCGCGUUUGUUUUGAUCCGGCGCCGGCGCCGACCACUCUCGACUACGGCCACACCGAGCACAACGGACCUGCGCGCGACCUUUCAACAGUAUCAAGAGUCCCAGCAGCGCGAGAUCACGUCAUCGAAAGGCUCGGACGGCACGUUUGCCUACAGCUACGACAUUCGGUCGGACCCAGAGCUGAACGGGUACCGGAUUCCCAAGCGCGAGUUGGCGCAAAAGCAGAUUUGUGGCAACGGCGGCUUUGCGAUCGUGUACAGAGCGCUCUUUCAAGACCAAGUCGUCGCCGUCAAGGAGCUCCAGGCCGUCCACACGCGCCACGCGACCCACGUCCAGGCCUUCAUGCACGAGAUCCAGCUGUUCUCGACGCUGCACCACGACAACAUUCCCAUGUCGGCGGUGCAGAUGGCGCUGCUCGUCUCGACCGGGAAGCUCACGCCGACCUUCCGCGACGACUGCCCGUCCGACAUCUUGGCGCUGGCCAAGGAAUGUCUUGCCAUGGACCCUGACGAUCGACCGACGGCGGCGCAGGUGUCCUACGCGCUGCGCAAGCUCCUUCGCGCCACCUAG